UAGAUAGUUGAUUUGCUUCGUAAGUAUCAAGAAGAGCAGGUUCUUCACCGAAAAAUGCGGUUGAUAUGCCUAGGUGGAGGCCUAGCCGUGUGGUUCUACUCCUUUUGCUUGUCUCUGGAUUUCUUGGUUCUCGCCGAUGCUGAGACUGGGACAGGCCUACAGGAUACAAGAACUGGAGGUGUUCAUGACACAGUUACAACGACGAUAGAGCCGAGGGCUGAUGACACGGC